AACUCUCACAAACAUCAGCUUUCAACCCGACGACUGUGGAAAUCGAGCGGUUCCGAAGGCGCCUCCACACACACAUUCCCGCUCACCUUAAUGGAACUGGAUCGUUGGCCAUGCAGGUGGCCAACAUUCUGCAUAUUAACAACUGCAAGGCGGUCUGCUAUCGACUACCAGCCCGACCCCCAAACAUCGAGUGCGUCAACAUGAACGGCCCUAAGCACAAGUUUUGCACAAAGCUCUCGAGCACCUAUCUAAGAAAAUGGUGGAUCACGAUCGUCAUAGCGGCGACGCUGAUAAUUGGCGGCAUUGUGGUGGCCUGUGAGUUCUCCGUGCUGAUCGACGCAGUCGUGGACCGCAUGGUGGCCCUGCGUCCCGGAGCCAAGACCUUCGGCUGGUGGGCCAAGCCGCCGGUGGAGCCGAGGAUCAGUCUGUACAUCUACAACGUGACCAACGCCGACGACUUCCUCAGCAACGGCUCCAAGGCCAUUGUCGACGAGGUGGGGCCCUACGUCUACAGUGAGACCUGGGAGAAGGUGAACAUCGUGGAGAACGACAAUGGCACGCUGAGCUACAACCUGCGCAAGAUCUACUCCUUCCGCGAGGACCUCUCCGUGGGCCCAGAGGACGACGUGGUGAUCGUGCCCAACAUCCCCAUGCUGAGUGCCACCUCGCAGAGCAAGCACGCCGCCAGGUUCCUGCGUUUGGCCAUGGCCAGCAUCAUGGACAUCCUGAAGAUCAAGCCCUUCGUCCAGGUGUCCGUGGGCCAGCUGCUCUGGGGCUACGAGGACCCGCUGCUCAAGCUGGCCAAGGACGUGGUGCCCAAGGAGCAGAAGCUGCCCUACGAGGAGUUCGGUCUGCUGUACGGCAAGAACGGCACCUCCUCCGACCGCGUCACCGUCAACACCGGCGUGGACAACAUCGAGCGGUACGGCAUCAUCGACAACUUCAACGGGCGCACCCACCUGCCCCACUGGACCACCGAUACGUGCAACUCGCUGGCGGGCACCGACGGCUCCAUUCCCCCGCACAUCGACCACGACCGCAUCCUGUACGUGUACGACAAGGACCUGUGCCGCCUGCUGCCGCUGGUGUUCGAGCAGGAGGUGAUGACCGCCAACGAAGUGCCCGGCUACCGCUUCACCCCGCCGGAGUGGGUCUUCGCCGACGUGGACCGCCACCCGGACAACAUGUGCUUCUGCCCCGCCGGCAAGCCCUCUUGCUCCCCCAACGGACUCUUCAACGUCUCCCUGUGCCAGUACGACUCCCCGAUCAUGCUCAGCUUCCCGCACUUCUACCUGGCCGACGACAGCCUGCGGACGCAAGUGGAGGGCAUCUCGCCGCCCAUGAAGGAAAAGCACCAGUUCUUCUUCGACGUCCAGCCCAAAAUGGGAACCACUCUGCGCGUGCGCGCCCGCAUCCAGAUCAACUUGGCCGUCAGCCAGGUGUUCGACAUCAAGCAGGUGGCCAACUUCCCCGACAUCAUCUUCCCCAUCCUCUGGUUCGAGGAGGGCAUCGACCGCCUGCCCAACGAGGUCACCGACCUGAUGCGCUUCGCCGAGCAGGUGCCGCCCAAGAUCCGCGUGGCGCUCAUCGUGGGCCUGUGCACCCUGGGCGCGAUCCUGCUGCUGCUGUCGACCUUCUGCCUGAUCCGCAACUCGCACCGGCAGAGCACCCUGCACCUGGAGGGCUCCAACUACCUGGCCACCGCCCAGGUGGACAUGAACAAGAAGCAGAACAAGGAUAACCAACCCGCCAGAUACUAGGCGCUCUAGUCGGGAUCUGGUCGCAGUCCGAGGGUCUCUGGGUGUCUUAGAUUAGGUUAAGAGUUAGCUAGGAGCUGGAACCCACUUCCACCCACUUCACCCAAUCCCAAUCACCCAUCCCAACCCAUCCCAAUUAACCCAUCCCAUCCCCGAAGUGGAAUGUGCGUCUCUGUAGUUUAGCUGAAAUGGAGCUGGGAAGACUUGUAUGUAUUGUAUGUGUAUCUGUAUCUGUAUCUGUAUCUGUAUCUGUAUCUAUUGUAUUGUAUGUAGGUUACCUUUGUAAGUAAGCGUUAUGAAAAUUUUGAAGCGUAGCCUUACGAAGCAGUCGUGAUCGCUUAAAGGCUCAAAGCUUCGACUUAGAACUCGAUUUGUUAUACCAAAACAGAAGCCGAUCCCACACCUGCUUGCUACCCUGUUGAAAUUGAAAUUUUAUGUCCAGACAUUCCAGUCACAAAAGUGGAAACGUUUCUCAAAUAAAGCCAAGUUCAGUCCUCGAAUAGCAAUGUGCCUCAUUAGACAAAAUGCGAUACAAACUUGGCGAAGAAAAUGUCUAUUGCAAAUAAUGUGUACCAUAAACAACGAUAUUGUUUCAAUUAUCCAACCACAAUCCAUAUAUGCUUCGAAAGCUUGAUAAUGAUUGGAAUUGAAGGUUAUCCUUAAAUACACUAAAUUAAUUCGCAAUUAUAGUAUACUUCUGCAAACA